AGACUUGUUGAGUUGAUUCGAGUCUGUCAGUGAAAGUGCGUCAGGCUGGUACUCAGCCCGUUCGCGCCCCGGUUUCGUCAGUAAGGUCCACCAACACCCCUUCAGGUGUCCACACACACCUCCAGCACUGGGCAUGCCAAUGAGCGGAAACCUUUUAUGUGAUAUAACAGAUUGAGCCUAUGGACAGAUAAGGGUGGAUUUCAGUCGGAGCCAUGGCAGUGCCUGGUUUAGCACACUCCACGCUUCUGCUCAGUUUCAUCACCUUGCUGAAAGGUGUCUCUACCGUUUGCAAUGACUCCAUCUGCGACAACCAAAUUCAGGUGUCUGGAGGAUGCAGAUAUCCCUGCCAGUGCCCAGAGCGUGCCUGCCUGGAGAUCUCCCGCGACGUGUGCGGCUGCUGUCCGAUGACAGCUUGCGAGGAUGACGAGGUCGACCAAGAGGAUGGCCCCGUGUCUCAGCUGGGGCAACCCUGCUCCUUCACCCGCCCCUGUGACCCCACAAAGCGGCUCGUCUGUCGAUUCGCCACCCAACUCGAUAGCUCCGGCUAUUGUACAGAACCAAAAGGAUUGCCUUGUACAGUUUACAAUACAAGUUACAGUCACGGAGAAACAUUUUUAUUAGACUGUAGAACACAGUGUACGUGCCAGGACGGUCGCUACGCAUGCGCGUCACUUUGUCCGCAGGAGAGCAUAUCACCGCAGGGAAGCUGCCUUCACCCUCGCCUUGUUGACAUUCCCGGUCACUGCUGUAGACAGUGGGUCUGCGAUCGCCAGCCAGUGGCGGAAUGCAGACCGCAGACGUCUGCUUGGACGCGCUGCUCAUCGGAGUGCGGCCAAGGCCUGAGCAGACGGACGUCGUCCGACAAUCCGCAAUGCGUCGCCCGCAACCAGACGCGACUCUGUCAGCUGCGACCCUGCGAUCAGCCAACUCUACUCCCCCCCUCAUCACCUCGUCAUCAUAUCAGGAAAGGACACGAGUGCAAGGCGACCGAACGCAGCGCCGUGAAGCAGCGCCUGGUGUGGGGCGGCUGCGUGAGUCGUCGCGCGCUGCGGCCACGACACUGCGGCGACUGUCCGCACACCGCAGGGCACUGCACGCCCGACCUGAGUCGCACCCUGCGGCUAGAACUGCUCUGCCCUGCGGACGCGAUUCUGCUACCGGGUCCCGAGCGAGCCGCUCUCUGGCGGAACGCGGACGACCCGCAGACGGCGCUUCCGCCGCACGACUCGUCCGCGCGGUCCGUGUUCGCAGACGUUGAGUGGAUCAUCAAGUGUCACUGCGUUAAAAUGCCGCAGUCGCAUGCGGUUGCGGCCACCACACACAAAACACCGCUGCUGCUUCACAGAGUGCACAGGACCGUGCCUUCCAACUAGUGUUUUCGCAACUCUUCGUUUUUCUAAUUUGUGACAAACUUCUAAUUACGUGGACAGUCAACGAAAAUUAUGAUUACAGAAAAUUUUGGUCUACUCAAAACAAUUUCCGACUUGGAAGUCGUCAAUUCUUUCUUGAUAGCUCAAUCCUGAACUGGAAGAACAUACCUUGAUAGUUCGGUCAAGCCUAUUAUAGUCCAUUUUCAAAACAACCUCUGAUUUGGAAGGAUAUGGGGAAUAAAGAAAAGUAGGGAUACAGCGUUCGGUAGUCUUUAGUGAGUUUUCAACAGCUCAUUAUACAUAUACGUACAGUUACUAUAUGGGACUAGAACAGUUAUAUAGGAACUGAUAUAGUAACUGUACCCAUACUUAGUAUCCUCUCGACUGGAUCGACUGAUUGACCUAGUAGUUUCCUGGAUCGACUGAGUCUGAUCGACAACUUGGCAACUGCGACUCUUUCUAUGACUCUAUUAAUCAUUGUAAUCGGCUGAUCUCCCUCCAUUUCUCUGCUCCGCAUAUUCCUCGUAGGUUAUUUUAAAUGGACUUCAAUUGGCUAGAUUGAACUAUCAUGUUCUGAUCUUUCAGUCCAGGAUUGAGGUAUCAAGAAUGAACUAUUGACUAUCAGUCAUUAUUCUAAUAACAGUGACACAUUUUUACUAAGGAGUUUGAACUAUCAACCAUGAAAUUACAAGUUUGUUUACAAGUUUGUGGCAAAAGAAAUGUGUUAGAGAGAACUAUCAGCCAUAAGUUCAUAUGAUACGAAGUUCUAUGAACAUUGUUCAUGGAGAGAAUAUAUUGUGAUUUAUUGAGCUAUCAGUUACAAAUCAUAACAAUACCCUUUUGAUGUGAAACAUAAAAUGAGCCCUUUUGAAAUGUAAUGAGCCUGAAAAGACUAAUGUUAUACAGUUCCAUUGAUGGACUUUUGAAGUUUCAAAUUUUUACUGUGAAAUUGUCUCUGUAUUUCAAUGCAACUCAUUGAGGAGGAAAAUGAAGAUAAGUAAUGAUUUCAUAAAUUUCCGAGGAACUUAUGAUGUGAAUUUGACAUCAAUAAAAAUUAUUAUAGAGAAAACGAAACAGGUAACCGGUGUGUAUUGUCACGUAAUUUUACUAGAAAAUCGAGGAUUUUGCCACUUUUUCUACGUUACAUUCUCAUCUUUCGACAUUCCUACUGAUUUUUCUUUAUAAUUAUUUUGUUUCAUGUUGUAACUUCGACGACUCGAACUAGAUUAGAAAUAAUUAUCCUUAUCAGGAGAUAGAAAAUCCAAGUACCCUUUAUUAGAAGGCUUUAAUAAAGGGUACUGCGAUUUUUUAUUUCCUGGAUUAUAAGAGCAGCCCUCACCAAAACGUGAACAGCUAACUUUGUUUUUUUCUAUUAUGCUUCAAAUGUAAUGCCACUUACAAUCACACUUAAUGACACUUCUGUGUCUCAUAUCAUUUUGUUGUUUUCAUCAAUGUUGCACCCAUUAUUAUAAUUUCUAUUACCUUUUUCAUCCAUCACGUCUCUAAGGCACAGGAGGAUUUUCAGGACCUUACAUUUGAAUAAACCAAUCAAGUCGCAACUCCCUUCCUUCACUAAAACUCAGAUUUACGGUCAUUCAUACUCUAAAGAUUCCCUGAUUCUGUAGUUUCCUACAGUGGAGCUUGAGAUAGCGUGACUUUUGAUUUCCUGCUCGACCACCGAAAACGUCGAUGAUUGAAGUCAGCACAGAAGAUGUCUGAAAUAAAAUGUCAGCAGACGAUGAAUCGUAAGGCGAGGAGGCGAAGCCGUUCAAGCACAUGCUAUCAUGCUGCGCCAGAAUUGGAGAACGAACCGCAAGUAGACGAACGAUGGUUGGAAAAGAGCGGAUAUUGGUCAUUUCCCAGUGCAAUACAAACGCGCAGUCACUGAAAAAAGAGGCCACGCUCGAGUCGAAACGAAAAUCUAAUAUUACCCUCGACCAGCUCAGAACCAAAAACGCGAUUGUGUUUGUGAUUCGAGCCGGCAAAGAUCGCUCGAAUUCAUCAUCACAACCCAUCCAAUAUCCACGAUUUAACUGUCUAUUCGGUUAUCUAUAUCCCGCCAUGUAGGCUGCUGCUGUCUGACAAAAAGUCAAGAUCAAUGUGUAGCGAUAUUGCGUGCCUAUAACUGUCGGUGAUAUUAAUCAGUUUGCUCACGACUACUGCACUUCAUCUGUACCUCAUAUCAACGACCUGUGUGUUUGAUGUAUUGACUUCACUCUAACAUUUGUGUUAUCUUGUUCUAUACAAAAAUCAGUGCUAUCCAAUCGGGGCUAACUCGUUCCAUGACAACUCAAAACAUUUUAUUCGCUUCCCUUGAUUGUCAAAGAAAUGAAUGGUUCCAAUUCCAGUGUUAUGGUUGAAUUGCAUACCCAUUAUUGGUAUAGGGUUAGAAAAAUGACUCCAUUGAAUUGGAUUUAGAAACCAUUAAUUAUUAGAACCUUAAGUAAUUUUGAAACUGAAGGUUUUUCUGUUCAUGACAAGAUGAUAACAACUCAUUGUUGAUUUGAUAAGAGCGAAUUCUCCUUAUCUUUAUCUGAAAUCGAACUGGAAAUUUAUCACGAUAUACAGUACUGAGAGGAGAUCAAAUUCUCAAUAAGUGUUAAGAAUGAAGUAUUCAUGAAUGUUCUGCAAAGAAUGAGUAGAAUGUUCUGCAUAAUACUAACUGGAGUUUGAAUCCGUUUGGUCUUUUGUGGUAUACUCUUGUCAUUGAAAAAAGGGAUUUGCAUAGUAUUUUAUAAACUAUUGUCAGUCUCAACUUUUACAUCUUCAUAUUAGUUUGUAGCUUCAUUCAUCUCAAGUUGAUCUUGAUGUUCAAGAACAUCUCAAUUUCGAUUAUCUUUAGUAAAAAAGCAUUCUCCUUGAAAACUGUUCAACUAGCUUGAGAUGUUCGAUAGACGUUCAAGAAAUAUUCUUCUCUACUCUCUCUAGUUGAAUAAAACUCACUUCCUCCACGAUUGCAUGAGAAUUUGGAAGAUAAAGCACUCCACCUUCAUUACAUUGGAGAGAAUUUCCAAGUUUAAUUUUAGCAUUGAGGAUAAUAUAUACGUCAACAGAUUCAACUGUCUCACUGUUUUAAUUCACAUUCUGAACAUGAACUACUUGCAGUAAGGAUGGAGACCUGGAACAAGCUUAUCCACUCAGUGGAAAUGGAUUUAUAGAAGAUAUUUGUGGAGUAUAACAGGAAGAAAACAGGAAGGAUGGGGAAUGGGGGAUUUGUGGCUGUAUUCGCCUUCUCAUUUGUUUGUGUAUCACGUAACACUUUCGGCUGGUUUUGCGGCACUAAAUCAUCGUUACAAGUUUCCGAUAAAAAGAUAGAGUGGAAACUGGAUGAAUAAGAAGAUAGAUGGGGAAAGAAUGGAAAAAGAAGAAGAAGAGAAAUAAAGAAAACAUGAGAAGAUGGAGCGAGAAGAAGAUAAAGAAGACAUGAGAUGAAGGUGCGUGAAGAAGAGUAGAAGAAGAAGAAGAAGAAGAAGAAGAAGAAGAAGAAGAAGAAGAAGAGAAGAAGAAGAAGAAGAAGAAGAAGAAGAAGUAGAAGAAGAAAAAAAGAAGGAGAAGAAAGAAGAACAACAAGAACAAGAAGAAUACAGGAGAAGAAGAAGGAUAGAAAGAAGAAGAUCAGGAAGAAAAGAAAAAUAAAGAUAAUAAAAAGAACAAAACGGAUGAGAAAACAGAAAAAAGAAAAAGAAGAAGCAAGAGCAAAGUUUCCGCUACAAUAAAGUGGUCUGAAACAUCACCGAAGUCCAGUUAGAAGUGGAAGCUUGGAGAUGAAAAAGUUUGAGCAGUGUGCUGAACAUGGUUUAAUGAUGUACUGGCUCUCUCUAAUAUCUCCGGCUUGCCUUCUCUCCAGCAAUAGAACAAAACUGAACAGCUUCGCAACCCAUUUUGCACGAUGCAGUGAUGAUCGUUCUAUUUGGAUAGGACUAGCAAUGAGGUAUUUCAACACUGUUCAAUAUCUAUUUGAUGGAAAAAUAGUUGAUUAUUAGUUUUUUAAUGUGAACAUUAUCAAUAGUCCCAUGUCUCGAAAUGCGAGCUAUUCUAUCAUAGACCACAGUUCUUUCAAUUUUUCUAUUUUCUUUCAUUUUUCAAGUUUGAUGAUAAUAUUUUUCAUCAACACUCCCAAGUCUCAAAUUGCGAACUAUCCUAUCGUAUACCAAGAUACUUUUAAUUUUUGUUUUUCUCUCAUUUUUCACAUUUGAUGAUAAGAUUCUUCAAUGUUAAGUUGUUGUAUUGAAUCUCAUUCACGUUUCAUUUUAUAUUAUUGUUAAUUGAAUUGAGAAGCUGUAACCUUUUGUCAAUGAUUAUUUGGUACUCUGUUAAUAAUAAAAAAGGGUUUUCUUGAAACCAGCAAAUACUCUGUUUAUAAUAUAUAUUUGAGAUUUCCAAUCUUCAUUCAAUGUCUGCUGCGCUUGAUUAUUAUCUACUCUUCUGUAGAACUCCAGACAUGUUCUAUUUCAUAGAAUUGAUACAUAAUAAUCAAAGAAAAACAGUGUUUCAUCCUUAAAAACUAUUGUUUAAACCAGAGUCUGGUAGUUUUCAACAUUACAGCAAUUACAGCUAAAAAUUGUACACCUGUACUCAAUACUAUGAAAGAUUGGAGAAUUGUGAUGUGGAAUGUGAAGUCAGUGUUUGUUUUCAUCCAAAGGUUUCUAUCAUAGCUUUAAUGAUCCUAUAGUAGCUAGGAGACGCUUCUAAUUCAAUACUUAUUUUGAUGUUUCAAAAACCCCGUUUUACUACCCCAAAUACUGUCAUUUAUCAAUAAUCAAUAUACUACCAUAUCAAGAAGCAAAACAAGAAAUUCACAUCAAUCGCGUCAAUAUCAACACGGAAUGGUUAUAUUACUCUCUGGAAUAAAUUAGAAUCUUUUUCAUCAAAUCCGAUUCAAACAUAAUGAGGGGUUGGAAUCAAAAUUUCUCUCAGACUAAUCCAUUCGGAGAAACGAUAGUAUUUUUUCGUCUUUUGCUUUGUACAGAAAAUGAUGGAUUGGAUAACGAGAGGCGAAUUUCCUU